AUGAUGAGGCACGGUUACAUUGGAGAGUUCGAGAUUGUUGAUGAUCAUCGAGCAGGAAAAAUUGUUGUGAACCUCAACGGCCGUCUUAAUAAGUGCUCCGUUAUUUCACCACGUUUUGAUAUUAAGCUGAAGGAUAUCGAGCAGUAUACAACCAACCUGCUCCCGUCCCGUCAGUUUGGCUACCUCAUCCUAACCACAUCCGCCGGUAUUAUGGAUCAUGAGGAGGCAAGAAAGAAACACAUAGGAGGGAAGAUUCUUGGAUUCUUCUUCUAA